AGCGCGUCUGCGAGAAAUCGCCCGUGUGGGCUUGUGUGGCCAUGGCCCGCCAUGAAUCUUCCGAGCUCCUACCAGAUGGGGCGCUGCAUUGCCCGGAGCCAUGCCUCCAGGGUAACCGAAGCGACUUACCUGGAGACCUGCGCUGUGGUUGCAAUCAAGCAAGUCACCAAUGACAUGGACGAAGGGUUGCAAAAGGAGUGCGAGACUGAAAUCACCAUCUUGCAGAUGUUGGACCAUCCGAACCUGAUCAAGUACCACACGCAUUUCACCUACCAGGCGGACUUGUACCUGGUUAUGGAGCUCGCCACCGGCGGUACGCUGGCGAACAGGAUCGACCAAGCGAACAAGCAAGGGGAGCCGAUCGAAGAGCACUUGCUGUGGCGGUGGCUCUGUGAUGUUUCAAGUGCGUUGGCCUACUUGCACAAGCGGCGGGUGCUGCACCGAGACGUGAAGCCUUCCCACAUCUUCAUUGGAGAGAGUGGCCAGGCCAAGCUCGGGGAUUUCGGCCUCUCCAAGGCCUUCUCAGACGCCACGACCUGCGCGAUGUCUUGUGUUGGCACACCGCUCUACAUGUCGCCUGAGAUCGUGCGUGGCGAGGGCUACUCCUUUGGCUCCGAUAUUUGGAGCCUGGGCUGUUCACUGUAUGAGCUUGCAGCUGGCGUCCCGCCCUUCCACCGCACGGAUAUGGACUUCGUCGCCUUGGGCCAUGCCAUUUGCUCAGCAGAUUACCCGCAUUUGCCUGCGGACGGGUGGUCCAAGGACUUUCGGAGCAUUGUGUCCCAGAUCCUCACGGUGGACCCCUCCCAGCGUCCCGCUGCGCAGAAGAUCUUCGACACGGCCAGCUGCAGGCUGAUGCCUCGCAUCCAUGACUUCCAGAUCAUCGGCUCCAUCGGGCGAGGGCAGUUCUCCGAGGUGCACCGAGCCUUGUGGAAGGCUGCGGGGGACCGAGAAGUGGCACUCAAGCGCAUCCAGAUAGACGAGAUGGAUGACCAUGCUCGACGUGAAGUCCAUGCGGAGGCAAAGAUCUUGCAAGAGCUCUCCCACCCUACCAUCGUCAAGUACUAUGAUUCGUUCACCGAAGACGAUGAAAUGGUGAUCAUUCUGGAACUGGCAGCCCACGGUGACCUUUCCAGUCUGCUGGGAAAGCUCAAACACGCUGAGCGUCUGAUGCAAGAGCACCAGGUGUGGGGCAUUUUCUUCCAAAUCAGCGAGGCCUUGCACCACAUGCACAGGCAGCGCAUCAUGCAUCGAGACAUCAAGCCAGAGAACACCUUUGUAUGCCAUCGCGGCAUGGUGAAGUUGGGUGACCUUGGUCUUGGAAGGUAUUUCAGCUCGAACACCUACAAGGCCCACUCAGUUGUCGGCACACCAUUCUACAUGUCUCCAGAAGUAAUUUCCGACUCCGGCGGAUAUUCCUUCAAGUCAGACAUUUGGAGCAUGGGCUGCGUUCUCUAUGAGCUCUACACUCUGAGAAGUCCCUUUGCUGGUCCUGGCAUGAACUACUACAUGCUGGGGAACAAGAUCAACAAGGCUGAGUACCCACAACUGCCAGCGGAUGCAUCGCAACGUGUGGCAGAGCUGUGUGCGGAGAUCCUGCAGGUGUCACAAGAUGCGCGGCCGGACAGCGCGGCCACCUGCGCCAUUGCAGGGAAGUGUCUUAAUGAUUGUUUGGUCAUGCACCCCACGCAGAAGUUGGUCGUUCCGGAAGGCUGCUCGUUCGACGACCCGCAGACGAUCAACCAAUGCCUUCUGCAGGCAGCGCAGGUCGUGGAGGAGCUGCUGGGCUCCGGCAGCCCACGGUCCCCGCCCAAGGGGCAGACAGACAUCCAUCCGCCCACCAAACCUCGGCCAGAGCGGCCUCGUGGCGGAUAUAUCUCCGUGGACAACAGGUACUUGCCAUUUGUUGCCCCUGUCUCAAACUUUGAAGCCGGGAGGAGGAAGGACGCCUUAGUCCCAGCCAUUCCUGGCGUGGUGGCUUGUUCUUUAUCUCUUUUCUCUCUCGCACUCUGUCUCAGCCAGACGCCAGACGAUUCACGUAACAUGUCAUCAACGAUAGCGCAGGCGUUUCCCUGCGGUGGAGCCGACGGCCAUGGGCAUGCCCCACACAAGGUCGGAGGAUGCGAUCAAGCCACCCGCGGGUGCGGCGCCAAGCCGCGCACGCUCGCCCCGCACCCUGCUGCCCAUAACGCGGCAGGGCUUUUCAACGUUGCCGUCGCAAAGCUCGAGGGCUACAACACCGUACAGAGGAGGCGCCUCGCCCAGCCAGCGUGGCCUGGGCUCCUCUCACUCGGCGCCCGCGCGCCCCUCCUCGCCAAAGCUGCCGCUGGACGAAGGCCCACGGCUGCCAGGGGGACCGCCAAAGAGGGUACUUGCACCACUACGGCGCGCGCCGUCACCUCGCACGACGCGCUUAGGUGAGCAAGGCGUCCUGCUGACGCCUCGCGAGAGCCUGGCACGAGCUCGCGCGAACCAGAGUGUGACGU